AUGUUUUGGUUAUUUGCGGCUCUACUAUUCCUCACAGCUGCCUGUCACAAACAGCCGUUUUCUUUGAGGGCCCAGCUUUGCCCCUACCCUCAGCAGCAUCAAAAUAAUAGGGAACUCGUGGCUCUUUUUGGACACGAAUUUGGCUGCGUUGAAGGACCAGGCUCCGCACGGUAUUACGCGAACAACCAGCUCGUGCUAAACGAUGGAAUUAGAUCCGAGAGUCCGCAAGCCACCCUCGUGCCAUAUUGCCAGCGCACCGGGCUGAUAUCGUGCCGGGUGACGGAACGGCGAUUAUCCGGUGGUUUGCUGUCGAUUCCAUUCAUGCUUCUCCUCCUAUUCCGGGUCGUCGCCAAGGUGAUCGUCGACGAACCA